UGCUGGAUAUUACAGAGAUAAUGGGCGGUGUAUCAGAACAUCUGAACCGGAUUUAAUAUCACCGGCGUAUGUCGUGAAAUUUGUUGACGUUGUGGCGGCGAUAAAAUGUAACACAUAAUAAUAGAAAAAAAACUAAGAACUACAGCAAAUUUAUAUAUUAACCAGUUAAAUUAAAAAGAUAGUGCAAAAAUAGAAAUUAAAAAAUUAGUGAGGUAGUGUUCAUGGGUUCAAUGUCCAUUCGGAAAUCGGAUUGCAGAGGGGGAUAACUGUUCCCGAAUCAUUGAGUGUGUGCCUUCGGGCUUCUGUGCCUCCUCGCUGAUGGUAGCAAUGAGAACAAGGCGUGAUCAGGGUGGUGGGGGUCCCUAAUGAUGGACGGCGCCUUUUUGAGGCACCGCUCUUUGAAGAUGUCCUGGAAACUGCUGAGGCUAGUGCCCAUGAUGGAGCUGACAGUUUACAACCCUCUGCAGUGGCCCCCCGAUACUCGACGGCGAUGCAUCCGUUAGAGUGCUCCCCACCGUACAUCUGUGAAAAUUUACGAGUCUUUUUGGUGAUAGUCACUUUCUAAUGCUUGGUUUGCUUUGAUCGAGACGGACUUGUAAUUACGGGUUUCAUUCGCACAGAGGCGACUGUCGCGGAAAACUUUGAUCAUUAUAUAGCAAUAUUAAUAUUGCAAAGCAGCACAGGAACAAAAGGACCUUUAAGAAUGACAGGAUUGACACGACGUGACGACUGGUAAACAAGAGAAAACUGAGCUCCAACGUGUCCAACAACAACAUGGCAAUGCAUUGACAGAUGAUUCCUGUACUGUACUUUUCAACAGGUUGAAACCAAAACUGAUGAAAAGUCGAACAAGUAGGAUCUUUUCCACGUUUAUUCCAAUUAACGUGUCCAGAAGUUAAAUACUGUACAAACAUUUGGAAUAAUCGUAACUGCCUACGUGGAAAAUAUAGGUGUGUUUACACACAUUUAUUCGCAUUAUCGUUUUAGCAAGUCUGCAAAAGCGUCUUUCCAAUCAAAUUUUUAUGGAGUCUACGAACCCCGUGGGUUUACAUUGCCCUUGAGCGGUAGCCAAAAAAUUAAUCCUCUGGAGAAUGUCAGGGUAGCAGUCCAUCACCUGAAGCUUAAUAGAAGAUGGAUAUUGGAACAAGACAAUUAUCCAAACGCAAGAGUAAAUUGACAACAGUAUGGUUCAAAAGAAGAAAUUCUGUGUUUUGGAAUGGCCAAGUCAGAGUCCAAUCUUAACCCAACUGAGGUGCUGUCAUAUGACCUGAAGAGAGCUGUUCAAGCAAGGCAGCUCUGAGAAGAGAGCACGAUUUGGAUCGUGAGGUCCUCAAUGAUGAAUGCUGCAAAUGAAGAUUUGCUGUACUUACGAGGUGUCUGCUGUUGACGGGCCUCACAGAGAAUGGCGACCACAGAUCUACAGAAGGUGCACAGAUAUCCUCUGGCUUAUUGUCUUCUUUCUCUUCUGGGUUGGAAUGGUGUUUAUAGCUGGCUAUGCUAUGACCGUUGGUGCUGCAGAAAGACUGAUCUUUGGACAUGACAGCUAUGGAAACAUCUGUGGAAGGAAAAACUCACCUAUCAAGGGGGCCUCACUGUCUGGACAAGACAUGACAAGCAGAAAAUACGUCUUCUUCCUGAACACCUGCAACGUGGACUUCAUGGACCAUAAAAUAAAUUCAAUGUCGAUUUGUGUAUCCAGCUGUCCUCAGGAGCAACUGAAUGAUCUGGAAGAGAUAAAACUUUUUGCUCAGUAUAAUGGUUCCUAUUUGUGCGUGUACAAUUUAGACAUUUCCGACUACACAGAUCCUUUGAAAGCAGCGCACCUCUGUCCAACAUUACCGGUUCCGCCAAGCAAGCCACUCCCGCUCUUUAAUCGCUGUGUCCCUCAGAGCCCAGCCUGUUACUCCCACUUUCUCGCGGCGCUUAUUCAUCUGGUCAACGAGAGUGACAUUUUCCAACAAGUCAUACGUGGCAUCAUAAUGAGCAAGGGGUACAUUGUCGGACUCUGCCUCUUUGCAGUAGCCCUCACCUUCAUUAUGGUGGCAAUCUUCAGAUUUAUUGCUGAACUGCUGGUUCAUAUCUUCAUCACCUUGGUCAUUUUUGGAAUGCUGUUUGUGUCGGGAGUUCUGUGGUGGUUGUACUAUGACAACGUGAAUGAUCCCAAAGUCGUCUUGCAAACAGAGAUGGAAAACAGAAGAGCACUGCUGGGCUUCGCUAUCGUUGCAACCAUCAUAACAGUUGUCGUCAUAGUGCUAACCCUGGUGAUGCGGAAAAAGAUCAGUCUGACUAUCCAGUUGUUCCAGAUUGCCAGUAAGCUACUCCAAAACAUCCCUCUGUUGCUACUCCAGCCACUGUGGACUUUCAUUAUCCUCGCUUUGUUCUGGACGUAUUGGGUGGCCGUGCUUCUAAGUCUGGGCACUGCAGGUAAUGCUUACGUAACCGCAGAUAACCAGGUUGAAUACAGGUCACUGUCUGGCAUUCGCUACGUGUGGUGGUAUCACUUAAUUGGAUUGCUCUGGACCAGCGAGUUUAUUCUUGCUUGUCAGCAGAUGACCAUCGCCGGGGCUGUGGUGUGCUGUUACUUUAACAGAGACAAAACCAAUUUGCCCAGCCACCCAAUCCUCACUUCUAUUUCGAGGCUCUUUAAUUACCAUCUGGGAACGGUUGUUAAGGGCUCGUUUAUAAUCACUCUUGUCAGGAUUCCACGGAUUGUUCUUCUGUACGUUCACAACAGCCUAAAAGGAAAGGAAAAUACCUGUGCCAGAUGUCUACUCAAGUGCUGCCAGUGUUGUCUAUGCUGCUGGGAAAAGUGGCUUCGAUAUCUGAACCAGAAUGCAUACAUUGCAACGGCGAUCAAUGGGACAAAUUUCUGCAGCUCAGCCAAAGAAGCAUUCUUUCUCAUUGUCAGUAAUGCGCUGAAUGUGGCUACAGUCAAUUGCUUUGGAGACUUUAUGUUGUUUCUGGGAAAGGUGUUCAUUGUGUGUUUCACAGUCUUUGGAGGCCUCAUGGCAUUUAACUACAACCAUGACCUGAAUGUCUGGGGAGUCCCUCUCAUAUUGGUGUCCUUUUUCGCCUAUUUGGUGGCUCACUGCUUCUUGUCGGUGUUUGAGAUGGUGGUCGAUGUGCUCUUCAUGUGUUAUGCUAUCGAUCUAGCAACGAAUGAUGGGUCUGCAGAAAAGCCAUACUUCAUGGACAAGGAGUUGAUGAAAUUCAUCGGCAAAACCAAUGAAAAAAUCACAAGAAGCAGUGGAAGUGACAAAGCAAACCGGGAGAGUAACAGAUACGUGGCAGAACUGCAGCCAGUGGAUGCAAAUACAACAUGACGGGACUUCAGUGGACUUGACAUGGACUUCAGAUUCCUUAAUAUUUAACAACUACAAACUAAACAGAGUGGAGGCGUUUGUCGAGUUGGUUUCAAUGGCUUGAUUCAUGUGGAAGUACUUUUCUAUAUUUAAGUAACAAGGAUUACUCAGAACGUGUUAUUGUUGCUCCUUCUCUUGUGUGUUGUUCCGUCUUUACCUUGGCUCCAGUAACCAAUUAGAAGGUAUGAGUCUUUUUGACAUUUUAGCCUGUGAUAAAUCCAUACACAAACUCAUGUAAGACCAUAUAUCUUUCUGCUGAAAGGUUACACUGAGUGAAAUUGUCUAUAAGGGCUCAACGUUUCCCUAGAUGGAUCAGACAAUUGUUGUUUUGAGAUCCUGGGAUUAUCCUAAACUUGACCCUCUAAUACGAUUGCAAAGAAUUCCAGUGCUGAUGUCUGUUUUAGAAAAGCAGAUUGAAUAGCCAGAGGGAUUAGUCUCUUUAAGUGUACAUUUAUCAAAUUGUGCCAAUGAGUUGACAGAUGGGUGUAGAAUUCUAACUCCUAUUACAAGAAGUUUACAGAAAUUUUAGUGAUUUAACCAACAUUAAUCCAAAUGAUAAGACCAUAAGAUAUAGGAGCAGAAAUAUCAUUCAGCCCAUCGAGUCUGCUCCAACCUUCAAUCAUGGCGAUUUAUUAUUCAUCUCAACCCCAUUCUCUUGCCUUCUCCCCAUAAUGCUUAUUCAUCAAGAACCUAUCAACUUCUGCUUUAAUUAUACCCAAUGGCUUUGGCCUUCAUAGCCAUCUGUGGCGAUGAAUUCCACAGAUUCACCACCCAUUGGCUAAAGAAAUUUGUCCUCAUCUCUGUUCUGAAGGGAUGUUCUUGUAUUCUGAGGUUGUGCCCUUGGUCCUAGACUCUCCCACUAUAGGAAACAUCCUCGCCAUGUCCACUGUAUCUUGGCCUUCCAAUAUCUGAUAUGUUUCAAUGAGAUUCUCUCCACCACCCCCACCCCCCACCCCCCAUUUUUGUAGAGGCCCUAAGUCAUGAACUGCUGAAGUAAAUUAUUUUCUAAAACUGAAUAAACCUGUAACAAACAAGAGAUUAUAUAAGUCAUUUUUAAAAGUAACAGUUCUUAUAAGACAUUUAGUAAAUGUAAUAUGAUAAGAAGAUUUGACAUUACUUAGUUGCAUAUCACAGAAACAGGCCCUUCAGCCCAACUGGUCAGGAUGCCCAUCCAAGCUAGUUGCAUUUUCCUGCAUUUCACAUUACUUAUUAAUACUUAUUAAUCAUUUUUCCAUUUAUCAUUCCCUAUUCGUGUUCUAGGUCUGUUACUCAGUUGCAUUCUGACCCCUGCCAUACUCACAUUCUCUAUAAGCAAAAUGCAGAAUUAAAAUGACAGCACAAGUGUUAGCAACUAUCCAGCUGUUGGAUUUCCAUACGGAUCCAACCCCUCCCCUCCCCUCCCCCACCCUCCGUGUCCUUUGGUUAUCCAGAACUCAGACCAGGGGGCUUGACACUCUCCUGUGCUCUGUUCACUCUACCAACUCCUACAAAAGGAUUGCAGCAGGCCCGACGUCAAAUGCAGAUGACCAAUAAAAACCGUGUGGCAAUGCCAGACAGAAGGCUAAGAGUGGGUAAAAGAAAUAUCCUCUGUAACCAGCAUUAUCUUAUCAGUUGUUCUAGUGACUGGUUGCAUUUUUACAUGCACUACUUCAGACAUGUUGGUUAUUGAAAAGACCAUAGGACAUAGGAGCAGAAUUAGGCCACUCGGCCCAUUGCCUCUGCCUCACCAUUCCAUCAUUGCUGAUUCAUCAUCCCUCUCAACCUCUUUCCCUGCCUUCUUUCCAUAACCCAUCAAUCUCAGCCUAAAUAUAUCCAAUAGCUUGGCCUUCACAGCUGUCUGUGCCACUGAAUUUCACAGAUUCAUCACCCGGCUGAAGAAGUUCCUCCACAUCUCUGUUCUAAAGGGAUGUACUUCUAUUUUGAGCUGUGCCCUCUGCUCCAUAACUACCCCACUACAGGAAACAUUAUCUCCACAUUCAUUCUGUAUAGCCCUUUCAAUAGUCAAUAGAUUUCAAUGAGAUCCCACACACACAUUCUUCUAAACUCCAGCAAGUACAAGCCAUGAGCCAUUAACUGCUACUCAUACAUUAAGCAGGAUCUCCCAGUGGCCACACAUUUUAAUUCCACGUCCCAUUCCCUUUCUGAUAUGUCUGUCCACGGCCUCCUCUGCUGUAAAGAUGAAGCCACACUCAGGUUGGAGGAAUAACACCUUGUAUUCCGUCUGGGUAGCCUCCAACCUGAUGGCAUGAACAUUGACUUCUCUAACUUCUGUUAAUGCCCCACCUCCCCCUCGUACCCCAUCUGUUACUGCCCAUCCUCUGGGCUUCCCCCUCCCCCUUUCUUUCUCCCUCAGCCUCCUGUCCCAUGAUCCUCUCGUAUCCCUUUUGCCAAUCAACUGUCCAGCUCUUAGCUCCAUCCCUCCCCCUCCUGUCUUCUCCUAUCAUUUUGGAUCUCCUCCUCUCCCUCCCACUUUCAAAUCUCUUACUAGCUCUUCCUUCAGUUAGUCCUGACGAAGGGUCUCGGCCUGAAACGUCGACUGUACCUCUUCCUAGAGAUGCUGCCUGGCCUGCUGCGUUCACCAGCAACUUUUAUGUGAGUUGCUUGAAAUUCCAGCAUCUGCAGGUUUCCUCGUGUUAACCCUUUCAUUCCUGGAAUAAUUAUCGUGAACCUCCUUUGGACUCUCUCUAAUGCCAAAAGCAAAAACAAAACUGUAGAUGCUGGAAACUGAAAUGAAAACAGAAAAUGCAUCAAAGAGAAACUCAAGAAAAUAUUUCAGAUGAAACAUGAGGAGAAGUUAGAAAGCAAGCCUGUUUUUAAAUGGCAGAGACAGGGGAGGGAAAGGGGUACAACAUGGAGACAGGCACGGUGUUGGUGCUGACUGAGAGGGGGGUUUGGAGGCUUGGUAUUGCAGCUGAUUUGCUCAGAGGAGAUUUACACAAAAGAUGAGGAGAGAGAGUGGGGAAAAUGCUGGAACUAUGAGAUAUGAAACAGCAAUUUAUUGCACAUCUGAAUUAAAGGGGAACACCGAAAUAUCACUGCCAGUCAAGCAGCAUCAGUAGAAAGGGAAGAACGAAGUAAAUGUACAAUUUACUUUUCAUCAGAUGUGGUUUGUACUGACACAAACUGGGAAGUUUGGUCAUCUGAAAUAACUGAAUUCAAUAUUGAGUCUCAGAAGGUGUAACAUUCCUGAGUGGAAAAUGAGCUGCAGCUUCAUUGAAACAGUGUUGGAAAUUAAAGACCAAGGGAUUAGAGAUGGAGAAUUAAAGGGGCAAGCUUGGGAUUGCGCUUUCAGUUGAAAAGAAGUAUUUUCUAAAGCGGUCAUCCAAUCUGAGUUUGGUUUCUUCAAUGUGGAGGAGACUGCAUCACGAGCACUGAAAGCAGAUUCUAAAUUGGAAGUGUAAGUGAAUCACUGCUUUUGGAAGGAAUAUUUUUGGUCCAUUGAUAUGGAAAGGGAGAGGUUCAGAAGACCAGUUGCUGCAUCUCUUGCUGUUGCAUAGGAAGAGGAGUGGGUUUUGCUGGAGGUGGAAGAGUGAUGCAGAGUUGUGGAGGGAAGACAGGCCUGGUGAUGGCACCUUGAUGAAAAGCUGCGGAGGUCGAACGUGGAGGCUGGUGGGGCAGAAGGCGAGGUUAAGGGAAUCCUUUCCCUACUCUUGGUGGGUGGAAGAAGAAAAGUAGAGGGAUGCGAAAUGGAAGAGCUCAGACCGAGUUUCUACUGAAAUUUCUACUGCAAGUGGACGUUACUCACUUGCAGUUAUCAAAGGUUGGGAUUUGCAUCAACUAGUGUAAACAUGAUGGUCAUGUGGUAGUGGGCAGUACAAGCUUAAGUAUCUGAAACAUGGCAUGAGAAGAUGAGUACUUGCUGUAGAAAUUGUGAAAAGCUAAAUUUUAAUUUAAAGGUCAGGACAAAGGGCCUGUUUCUAUGCUAUAUUACUCUGUCUUCAACCCCCCUAUUCCUCUCAGUUGUGAUUCCAGCAUUCUUUCUAUAGACUCUAUGUUGAUAAACUAGGACUGGAUAAUCUAGAAACCUCAUGCUGUAUAGAGUACAUAGAGUCAUAGGGCCAAAUGGCCAAUUUCAGUGUUACAAAUUCAAUAUAAUAGAUCAAAAUGUGCUGCAACUUUCGACAGGAGUGUGAGCAGUCUCGUUUUAGCCAGUGCCAACAUUCUCUGUGCUGCUUCUCAUUCUAACUGCUUCUAAGGGGCAGUGGUUGUAUGUCAUGAAAUAUGCAAAAUGAAUACUAACUUUCAGAAAGUGCUGUAAACAGCAUCUGCAGAGACCGAAGCAGAAUAUUUCAGGUCAAUUACUUGUCAAUUCUAAGCAAGUUUUUUUUUUGAGUUGAAACUGUUUCGUUCUUCAUAAUUGUAGUGGUUUGUAUGAUGUCAUAUUUCUACCCUCCAGUAUUUUCCUUUGGCUGUGGUUAAAGAGUUUCUUAUCAAUAAAGGCUAAAAGGACAUUAUUGUAUAGAAGGACAGAUUUAUUAAUUUCUAUCAAAUUACAAAGUAGCUAAUUUACCUUAAGAGUGUAAUAGGAUAUAAUGCAUUUCAUUAGUUGGGAUACAAAGGGUAAAAUUAAAGUGUUAUGAAUAGCUUGUAAUGUGCAGUGUUUUACACCUUAAUAAAUUACAUCUAAAGCUUGUAUCUGGAAAUGUGUCAUAAAUUAUUGUAUUAUUUUAUAUACAUUAUUAGAAAAAACAUAAAGCUCACACUAAAUGGCGAUUAUAUCUUUUCAAUAUCCAUUGUCACAGAAGAGCAAGUAUCAGAAUUAAAAAUUUUGAACGUUAAAUUUGUGAUAGUUAAAUGGAUAAAGGGAAGUUUCUAGAAUGUGCAUAUUCUAACUCCACCUAGUGCCAAUGUUACUGUAUUAGAGAUUGUGGCAUCUGAGUGAGUUAAUAGUUAACAAAUAGUGUACCAACUGAGUUUUUGUUGUGCUCUGUUUUUAAAUAGGCCAGUAACAGUGUAAUAAUUAAUUCAAAUUAUCGUUGCAAUGACAGGAAAAUCCAAGUGUCCCCUUGGGAGAGCCAGUAGAGAGUUUUCAGACACGUAUAUUGAAAUACAUUAACUGGAUGAUCCUGCUGAUUAAUUAAAUACUUCUUACUCUGUGCUGUCACCCUAAUUUCCUUUGCAUUGUUUUUCUUAGAACUGUUGGUGCUUAUAGCAUUGGGUGUUGCCAGGAUAACUGCACUUUGUGACCUUAUUUCAUUUUUUCCAGUAUCUGCUUCUCACUGUAAAGACCAGUGUUUAUUACCCAUUCCAAAUAUCCUUUGGUGUUAGUGGACCACCAUCUUUGACUGUAGAGGUGCUCCCAAUAGUAAAUGAAGAAGGACCAUAAGCACUCAAUGGCCACUUCAUUAGGUACAGGAGUGGAACCCAGAGUGCCUUUUGCUGCUGUAGCCCAUCAACUUCAUGGUUUGAUGUGUUGUGCAUUCAGAGAUGCUCUUCUGCACACCACUGUUGUAAUGCAUAGUUAUUUGAGUUGCCGUCGCCUUCCUGGCAGCCUGAACCAAUCUGGCCACUUUUCUUUGACCUCGCAUUAACGAGGCAUUUUCACCCACAGACUUGCCACUCACUGGUUUUUUUUUGUUGUUUUUCGCACCAUUCUCUCUAAAUUCUAAAGAAUUCAUGAAAAUCCCAGAAGAUCAGCUGUUCCUGAGAUACCUGAACCACUCCAUCUAACACCAAUGAUCAUUCAAUGGUCAAAGUCACUUAGAUCAGCUUUUUUUCCUUCAGACAUUUGACAACUGAACCUCUUGACAAUGGCUGCAUGGUUUAUGUAUGGAAUUGUUGCCACAUGACUGGAUGAAUGAAUAUUUGUAUUAAUAUAGGUGUACCUACAAGUGGCCACUGAGUCUAUUUUAAAGUGGAGAUGGUUAUAGAAUACAAGCAUUGCUCUAAUAUGCCUUAAGCUUUAAUCAUGUUAGAUGCAGUGCAUUGUGUAACUGGUACCGUGCAGCCCUUUGGUGGAAGGAAAGAACUUUUUGUGUGCUUAUAAGAUAAACUGAUGGUGGAACUCCAUAAGUAAGGCAGCAUAUGUUGAAGGAAAUAGACAGUCAACAGUUUGGAUCUAGACCCUUCUUCUGAGUCUUGACCAAAAACAUUGACUGCCCAUUUCCAUCCACAGAUGCUGCCUGGCCUGAAAAGUUCAUCCAGGACUGGGUGCUCCGUACAGACUUUGAGUAUCAGCAGGAUUUCAUUUCUCUGGUUGGGGAGAUGAAUGGAGUGCCAAUCAAUUGGACUGCUUUAAGGUGAAAAGUGUCAAAUUCAUACAACCAAGUAGACAGUUUUCCAUCGUAUUCCUGACUUGCCUGCUACAUGGGAUUGCAGGAGGCUAGUCUCUUGCUGCUGGCUUCCUCAGCACACCUGCUCUUGUGGCCACAGGAAGCAGAGGUUAAUAGGUUGGUGAUCAGUAAGGGUGUCAAAGGUAACGGGGGAGGGGGAUGGGAGAAUGUCAUUGAAGGGAUAAAAGAAAAGUCAGCCUUGAUUGAAAUGAUGAACAGACUCAAUGGGCUGAAUAGCCUAAUUCUGCUGCAAUGUCUAUGGUCUAAUGCAUGUGGCUGAUCCAGUUACUGUGCAGAUGAUCAUCAGGCCAACAAUAGUGGGAGAGUUACUCAUAGUAACACCACUGAACAGUGUUAAGUGGCAAGACUUGCUGGCAAUGAAGAGAAUUUUACUUGUCACUUUAUCUUUGAGAUCUUGCUGCAGGCAAGGGUCAAUUACUUUUCUGCAUAUGAAAUUAAACUUUGUGUAAUUAUUAAAAUCUACUAACCAUCUAGGCUCCUCCCUCUAUAACCCUACCUAGACUCAUGACUAACUGAUGUGACGUCAACUGACCUGUUUUCACUGCUCUAAUCUUGCCCUCCU